CUCCCUCCCAAGGGGCCGGAAUGCUCCGGGCCCGCGGUAUAAAGGCAGCCGCGGUGGCGGUGGCGGCUCAGAGCUCUGCGCUCCCUGCAGUCGGGACUCUGGGACCGCGGGGGGCUCCCGGAACCCUGACUGUGUAGCCGCACCCACACGGUUUCGCGGGGACCCAGGCUUGCAAAGUGACAAUCAUUUUCUCCUUCUCCCUCUUGAGUCCUUCUGAGAUGAUGGCUCUGGGCGCAGCCGGAGCUGCCCGGGUCUUGGUCACGCUGGUAGCGGCGGCUCUGGGCGGCCACCCUCUGCUGGGAGCCAGCGCCACCUUGAACUCGGUUCUCAAUUCCAACGCCAUCAAGAACCUGCCCCCACCGCUGGGCGGCGCUGCGGGGCACGCGGGCUCUGCAGUCAGCGCCGCGCCCGGAAUUCUGUACCCGGGCGGGAAUAAGUACCAGACCAUUGACAACUACCAGCCGUACCCGUGCGCAGAGGACGAGGAGUGCGCCACCGAUGAGUACUGCGCUAGUCCCACCCGCGGAGGGGACGCUGGCGUGCAAAUCUGUCUCGCCUGCAGGAAGCGCCGAAAACGCUGCAUGCGUCACGCUAUGUGCUGCCCCGGGAAUUUCUGCAAAAACGGAAUAUGUGUGUCUUCUGAGCAAACUCAUUUCCGAGGGGAAAUUGAGGAAACCAUCACUGAAAGCUUUAGUAAUGAUCAUAGCACUUUGGAUGGGUAUUCUAGAAGAACUACAUUGUCUUCAAAAAUGUAUCACACCAAAGGACAAGAAGGUUCUGUCUGUCUCCGGUCGUCAGACUGCGCCACAGGUUUGUGUUGUGCUAGACACUUCUGGUCCAAGAUCUGUAAACCUGUCCUCAAAGAAGGUCAAGUGUGUACCAAGCACAGGCGAAAAGGCUCCCAUGGGCUGGAAAUAUUCCAACGCUGUUACUGCGGAGAAGGUCUGUCUUGCCGGAAUCAGAAAGAUCACCAUCAAGCCAGUAAUUCUUCUAGGCUUCACACUUGUCAGAGACACUAAACCAGCUAUCCAAAUGCAGUGGACUCCUUUUAUAUAACAGAUGAUAUGAAAACCUUUUAUGACCUUCAUCAACUCAAUCCUAAGGAUAUACAAGUUCUGUGGUUUCAGUUAAGCAUUCCAAUAACACCUUUCAAAAAACCUGGAGUGUAAGAGCUUUGUUUCUGUAUGGAACUCCCCUGUGAUUGCAGUAAAUUACUGUAUUGUAAAUUCUCAGUGUGGCACUUACCUGUAAAUGCAACAAAACUUUUAAUUAUUUUUCUAAAGGUGCUGCACUGCCUAUUAUUCCUCCUGUUAUGUAAAUUUUGUACACAUUGAUUGAUAUCUUGACUGACAAAUAUUCUAUGUUGAAUUGAAAUAAAUCAUUUCAGCUUAUAGUUCUUAAAAGCAUAACCUCUUCCCCCUUUUAAUUCUAGAGUCUAGAAUGCAAGGAUCUCUUGGAAUGACAAAUGAUAGUAUCUAAAAUAUAACAAGAAAAUACUAGCUUAUUUUCUGAAAUGUACUAUCGUAAUGCUUAAAUUAUAUUUCUCUUUAGACUGUGAUAGUUUUUGAAAUAAAAGUUAACGUGUAAUAUGAAAUGUUAUAAGUAGACAUAUAUUUUGGGAUUGUGAUCUUAGAGGGGUGUGUGUGUGUACGUGUGUGUGUUCUAUGGGUACAGAAGUGUGACAUGUUUAAAGAUACUUAAAGAAAAGACAGUGUCUAAAUAUGAGAAAAUAUUGAUCAGUUCUAGAAUAACUUUAAAAAAAGAUGUAAUCUGCAUUGAUAAACUCAAAUGAUCAUGGUAGAAUGAGAGUGAAUCUUACAUUACUACUUUCAAAAAUAGUUUCCAAUAAAUUAAUAAUACCUACCUAAAUGGUCAACAUUUUUGGAAAAGGAAGAAAAUCGUCCAUGAAAAUAAUACCCCAAAGUACUUGAUGGUUGUUGGGAACAGGGUGCGUGCCCGUAAAUACAGUUAACAAAUACACGCAGAUUUUAUACCAAACAAAUUAAUUUUAGGUACUACUACAUGCAAAGGAGACUUGUUCUUUUUACUUUGGUUUUAAAAUAAUUAUGAAUUAAAAAUUACGAAUCCUUCCUCAUUGCACUCUUUUUUGCUCUUGCUAGGUGAUUUUAAUAUUUCAAGUAUUGUUUAACCUGAAAUCUAUUGAUUGGAAUGAGGAUAGGGACACAGUGUUUAAAAGAAAACCCACAGGAAUGAAAUCUAAAUUGUCUUUGCAUUUUUACUUGCCGGAUUUCAUAUUGUUUAUGCUGAGGAAAAGGGAAACCAAACUUACCAAUGUAUACUUUUUCUGUAGUAUUCUAAAGUCGGUGCCCAAACCACAAAAUGCUGUGUUUCAGGCAAGCAAAGGACAGUAGUAACUGAUCAAUUGUGCAAAUAUUUCCUUAAAUAAUGCAGAUGUCCUAGACUGUUUGUUGUAUUUGUGUUUCUGGAAGUGGUUCAAUUUCAAGGGGCUCAACCAAUAGGACACAAGCUUUGGUUGGUUCUUCACUGAGAGAGGAACUGGCAGGAUGUCUGCUGUUACAUUCCUUUUGUCUGGAAGUCUCAGCUUCCUCACCCAGGAGAAACUUUCUUUUUCUACAUGUGCUUGUUUUCUGAAGUGCCAGGAAGGCCAAUUCUAAGGCCUGCCAUCUCCAAUAAAACACAAUACAGGAAAGGAAACAGGAAACUUUUUCUUCAAAAAGAAGAAAGAAGAGCCUUCUGCUUAAGUGGGGAAAGAAGCAAACUUUUAAAGGUCUCUAGUUAUUGGAUCCCUUCCAUUCUGCAGGAAGGGACCUCAGUACAUUGACCCUCUUGCUUCUCAUCUCCAGAUGAGAGAUGUGUAGAGGAAUACAAAACCAACCAAAGAGGGAUGCCUCUUCUUCCAUUCCAGCUGAGAAGUUAGGAAAAGGUUUUCAUUAAAAAGAAUUCUUCAUAUUUAUAAAGGUGGAAAAUACCAAGAAAAUUGUAGAUAUUUUAUUAGCUAAUAAUGGAGGCUAGAAGAUGGGAAUCCAAUAAAAUGCAAAUUCAAAAGAGGAUUAUUUAAGGAAUCUAGGACAAUUUGUGUAAUGAUUGUUUAAAAUGUUGUUGCUGUGUGACUUUUAAACAAUGCAUUUUAAUGGAAAAUACAUGCACCUGGGAAAAUUUCACAAGAUAUUUUAUGUCAAAUAUUAGUAUACUCCACACACGUCCCUGCGCCUUCAUUUUUUUACUUUAUGUGUCUUGCAGAUCAUUUUCUAUAAUACAUAGAGAAGUGACUCAUUCUUUUUAAAGUUUACAUUAAGUUUGUAAUAUGUUGGAAUGGCAAUACCAUAAUUGUUUUAACCAGUGACAUUUAAGUUGUUUCCAGAGUUUUCGAUCUAACAAAUAAUGCGUCAUGAGUAUAGAAUUUUUGUUUGUGUGCCAGUGUAGUUAUAGGAUGACUAAUAGUUGAAGCAAAAUCCAAAAUGCAUGCUUUCUGUAGCUACUCAAAGUCUGGUAUGGGCAAAAUAUCAAGAUGCCUGCUUAUCACUGACCAAGUGAAGAUUAAGCUCUCGCUAAACUGUAUCAAAGGAGAAAAGGGGAAAUACAGGCUUAUUUCACAUUGAACAGUAAUCUCUGGCGUUCAGUUAAAGCUAGACUUGUUCUAAUUAUUUUGAUUUUGAAAUAAUUAUUAAAUAAAAUCACAAGCCUUUUCUCA